UGCUAAUAACUUUUUUUUUCCCCUUCAAUUCUCCUUCCUCUGCUUCACCAAUCCAUAAAAACAUAACUACUUCUCCCUUUUUCCUUUAGUAGUGAAGUGAAACUACCUUGAAUCGUUUUUUUUUUCAUAUUUUGCUUUUCUAUUUUUGUCGUUCGUUAUAAUUACUGCAAGUUCAGUCCUCACCUUUAGUCCUUCUUUGAACCACUUACUUUAGUCCUUCUUUUAAACCACUUACUUUAGUCAUUCUUUUAACCUAUAUACCGUUCAAAAAUAAGAAAUGAACAUUAUCCAAUCAUGAAAGAAAAGAAAGAUGAUAUCGAUAUAAGGCGCCAUGAAACACCAGAAUCAGAGGCCUCAGCUCCCCAACAAUUUCAAUUUCAAUUACAAAAAUUUUCACUUUCACUUUCCAAGCAAGCUCAAGAAAAUGAAGAGAACCGGAAAUCUUCUAGUAGUAACGAAUCAUACAAAACAUCACCUUCCAAAUCAAUAAAAAGCUUCUUUAAGAAUAGAGCUUCUGCAUAUUCAAUUGAAAGUAUCAGUGAAGAACCUGAAAUCAAAUCGUUAACAACGAAACAUGAUUCCAUAAUGUCCCAUUCUCAUCAUCCGCAUUCUCCCAGUCGAAGUAGUGGUAUAACUACAUUAUUAAAACCAAGUUUUAUAAAAUCGAAAACCCUGUUCCAAACUCUUUCGUCCUCAGGUUCAGCUAAUCCUUCAAAUACUAAUCGUAACAUUGAUACAAAUUUAACUUCUAAUAAUAGACCAACAACCAUUGAAGAUUUCGCAGAUACCUCAUCUUCAUCAUCAGAUGAUGAAAAUAAAACCCGAGAUUAUGACUCCGAAUCAAUAAACUCCAUAAUUGACGAUUACGAUCAAUCUGAUACUCAUUAUUUCCAUUACGGCAAUAGUUCUAAUGACCAAACCCCAAGAAAGCAAAAACCUCAUCGUCCUGACAGUAAGUUUGUUUUUAAAGAAAUAUUUGAUGAAGCAACAUCCUUUAUUGAAAAUGAUUCCCCAAACACAAUCAGAAAUUCCCAACACUCAAACUCAAAUUCAACUUCGACUUCAACCUCGAAUCGUAAUUCUGGCUCAUCUAAGAGAUCUUCUCAAAAUUCAAAUCGUUCAAAUUCAAUACGGAGAAAUCCAAGUCUUAAGGAAACCAGAUCAAUUAUAGAAUUAACUUUAGCUAAUUCAGGUAAUAGUGCUAUUCCACCUCCACAAGUAAUUACAGACAGUCCAAAAUCGUUGCAGUCAUCAUCAUUUCAUAGCUUUAAAGAGGCUUCCAGUCAAAGAUUUAGUGGAUCGAGCUCUAAUUCAAAUAAUACAACCGGGAAAUUCAAAAUUUAUGACGAUUCAACAUCAGUACAUCGUAGUCCAUCAGCUUCUUCUGACAUCAAUACCCGAUUAACUAGAAAUGAUCUGCAAAAACAAAAAAAUGUUCUAAGUGCAUCAUCGAAUAUUGAUUGUAAUAGAUCAUCGUUGUUGAAUGAAGUUAGUGAUUUAUGUGGUAAACAUAAAGAAGAAAGCACCCCGAUGCCAACCCCUUCAAAAUCACUUAUAAGUCCUGACAGAGGUGACAACAUUAGUUCUGAAGAUUCAUUCUCAAUAACAGGAUCCAUGAAUGAACAAGCAAACAUACUGGAGCGACCAAUUAGAACCAAAUCGCUUUUAAGUCAAAGACAAACUCUGAUUAAUUUUGAUGAAACAUUAUUGAGACAAAGUAAUUUAAGUAAUUCCAGUUUAACCAAUCCAAAUCAAAGUAAUCCAAAUAUCAAUAAAGACUUAAAUCGUGGUACAUUUAGAUCAUCAAUAUCAUCGGGAGAAUUAUUAAGUAAACUUGAAAAUUUUUAUGAUUCAAAUAGAGAUUCCAACAUUUAUCAAGUAUCUAAUUUAAAUCCAAGAUCAUCCUAUAAUCAUGAUAAUGCUAAAAAUGCUUUAGCAAAUUUAACCGCUGGAUUAGAUUCGAAUUCCGAAUUACCAGUUAUGCUUUAUACAGUUCAGGAUAAAGACUUUAAUGAAGGUAAUCAAAGAUGGUCGGUUUACGAAUCAAGAAAUAAUUUAACCCAUUCCAAAAAAAGUCAAACCAACUUACAACAACCUUACUCCAGUAGUAGUAAUGAUUAUCAUUCAAUAACAUCUAGUAAUAUUGAUCAUCCAGAAAAAGUUCACCAUAAGCAUGACCAUCAAAGCCCAUCAUCAUCACUCAGCAGUUCAAAUAGUCCUAAUUCAAGAAAUCAAUUAUACAUGAGUCAAAAUUUCAAUGAAAAUAUCGGCGAUUUUAGAAGAGUCCAGCCAAGACCUAAUGAUCAGUAUUACAACCAGGAACAGUCAUUAUCCAAUAAACCUUCAUACGGAGCUUUUUCAAUAUCCAAACCAAUGAAGAAUAAUCAUUUGCAUGAUAAGGUAUCGAUGCAAACUUCUCAUGAGAACAUGUUAGAUCAAAAUAGACCUUCGACAAACAAAGAAUGGAAUGAGACAACCUUAAGUGGCGAUCACUCGUUCAACCAAAGAAAGGAGAGUUUCGAUAAAGAUUUCGAUUCGAUCAACGACCAUGUAACCCAAUCGUGGGGUAGAUUUAUCUUAAUGAUGGUAUUCGGAUUAAUCAUCCCACCUCUAUACUUCCUAUUGGCGCUUGGAGCCUUUGACACCAGCAGCUACAAUAGAAGUCAAUAUUUCUACCAACAACAAUACUCCAAUCUGGUCAAACAAAGAAUAAAUAAGAGAUAUUCAAAGACUCAGAAAAUCAUCAGUGUUGUAUUCGGGUUAUUCUGGUUUGCAGUCAUUCUUGCCAUGAUCGGUGUGGGCUUUGGCUUGGGUCUCACCCGAGAGGCUUAAUCUAUUCCUCUUCAAUAUAUAAUCUACAUAUCUAUUAAUACCUAAUAUAACUAAUAUCUUUGCGUAUUUCGAUUCCAUCAAUCUAGGGUCUU